AUGCAUGAACGAGAUUUUAUCUUUUACUGCGACCAAGUAGUCGCUGCUUCGCGAAACUGUAGAAGCCAAUGGAGAUGGGUAUAUGAGGGUGGGCGUUCUUAUAUUCGCUUAGAAAAGAAGCAGCAUAUUCAGGAUCCAUAUCUGCAUCUGAAACAGUGCACUGAAGGCAGUACGUUGAAUGCAUUCCCCGAAAAGGAGAUUGUAAAAGACCCGGCCUGUGCUGCUAAUGAGGAUAUUGGUAGAAUUUUGUCUUUCGAAUAUCACAUUCUUUACCAUGAGAGUUAUGAAGUUCCCUCAUUGCUUUUCAACAUAUACGAGGAAGGCGGCAAAAAGUUCAACAUUGAGGAAGCCUGGAAUAUUCUGCAAAUUAGUGAGGUAGUCCCUUCGAAUGAAAUGUACCAAGCUAUUACUAUGGUACAUCAUCCAAUAUUAUACCGGCCCUAUCUAAAUUUACAUCCCUGUAAAACAUCUGAAAUGAUGAACUCCUUGCCCGGUAGUAUGAAUCCUAUACUGUCUUUUUUAACAAGUUACGGGCCUUUUGUAAAUCUAGAACAAGAUGAACUAGUUUUCAGUUUAAAUUCCAGUAAAUGUUUGAAGCAACAGAUGGAUAUGAAAUGA